AAAAAAAAAAAAAAAGAGAAGAUAUUCGAUAAACGGCUGCAACAAAGAGAGAAAUGAACUCUCUCCAAAUUCUUUAACGAACCCACAAAAAAAACACACACACACACACACACUGAAACUGAAACCGAACUACUUCACCGUUCAACUCUUUCUCUCUCCCAAAAAAGAAAACGAAAAAGAAAUUCCAAAACAAUCACUUCGUAUGUUGUGGAAUAUAUGGAAUCUCGAGUUGAAGUGAAACAACCAACACUGAAGUAAGAUCUGGUCUCUGCAUUGUAGUACAUCCGGAUUUUCAGAUGACUUAUCUGAGACUCGCAAGAUGAAUUCUUCGAAUGGAAGGCCAACAAACAAGUUUGAGGAUCAAGUUCCUUUUAGCCCUGAAAUAGCUUAUCACCAGCCAGAAUCUACUAUGGCUGCACGUGGAUCACAUCCCGGAGAAUCGCUCACUGUUCGCAGCGAAACAUUGGGGGGCAUUAUUUACAGGAGCAUACGGCUUGUGGUUUUCUCGAACAGACUCAACUUGCUUAUGCCUUUUGGGCCUCUUGCGAUUCUUGUUCAGAAAUUGACUGGUCAUCAUGGCUGGGUCUUCGGUCUUAGUUUACUGGGGAUAAUGCCUCUGGCAGAGCGGCUCGGUUAUGCCACGGAGCAACUUGCAUUUUACACUGGAGAUACAGUUGGGGGUCUUUUAAAUGCUACAUUUGGAAAUGCAACAGAAUUAAUAAUCUCGUUAUAUGCCCUGAAAAGUGGAUUGACACGAGUAGUCCAGCUUUCAUUGCUGGGUUCAAUUUUGUCAAACAUGUUGCUUGUGCUUGGAUGUGCAUUCUUAAGUGGUGGUAUUGUUUUCAGCAAGAAGGAACAAGUAUUUAACAAGGCAGCUGCUACGGUGAAUUCAGGAUUGCUGCUUAUGGCAGUUAUGGGCCUACUUUUUCCUGCUGUUCUUCAUUAUACACGAACUGAGGUGCACUUCGGGAAGUCAGAACUGGCGCUUUCAAGAUUCAGCAGCUGUGUCAUGCUUGUGGCCUAUGCUGCAUACUUAUUUUUCCAGUUGAGAAAUCAAAGUGGUCUCUAUAUCUCUGCGAACGAGGAAGAGAGAGAGACAGGCGACAACUCAAAUGACGAUGAAUCUCCUGAAAUUUCUAAAUGGGAAUCAAUAAUCUGGCUUUCGGUUAUGACUGCUUGGAUAUCAAUUCUUUCCGAAUAUUUGGUUGGCGCUAUAGAGGGAGCAUCUAAUUCAUGGAACAUACCAGUAACAUUCAUUAGUGUCAUAUUGCUUCCACUGGUGGGGAAUGCAGCAGAACAUGCUAGUGCUAUCAUGUUUGCCAUGAAAGAUAAAUUAGACAUCUCCUUGGGAGUAGCGAUAGGGUCGUCCACGCAGAUAUCUAUGUUCGUUAUACCAUUUUGUGUUGUUAUGGGGUGGAUAAUGGGGCAACCAUUGGACCUGAACUUUCAACUUUUUGAGACUGCAGCACUAUUUCUAACUGUUAUAGUUGUUGCCUUCAUGUUACAGGAAGGAACUGCAAAUUACUUCAAGGGGGUAAUGCUUGUGCUUUGCUAUCUGAUAGUAGCAGCUAGUUUUUAUGUACAUGUAGAUUCCAAUUCUGAAGACCAGCCUGUUCCCUAACGAGAUAAAUUCCAUUUUAUAUUACCUUAUUAUUAUUAUUAUUAUUAGAAUUAUUUUUCUUCCUUUUUUUUUUGUGGUUUGGGAAAUUAGGUUGUAAAGGUUUUUGUUCUGUUAAACCUGAUGCAAAUGUAAUGAGUUAAUUCA